AUGGCAUUGGUUAGCACUUUGGUCAGCACAUUGGUCACCACAUUGGUCAGCACAUUGGUCAACACUUUGGUCAACACGUUGGUCAACACUUUGGGCAGCACUUUGGUCGACAAUUUGGGCAGCACAUUGGUCACCACGUUGGUCACCACGUUAGUCGUGGCAUUGGUCAGGUGCUUGGUCACCACUCUGGUCAUGGCAUUGGUCAGCACAUUGGUCACCACGUUGGUCACCACGUUAGUCGUGGCAUUGGUCAGCAGCUUGGUCACCACUUUGGUCAUGGCAUUGGUCACCACCUUGGUCACCACGUUGGUCAGCACCUUGGUCACCACGUUGGUCGUGGCAUUGGUCAGCACGUUGGUCAGCACGUUGGUCAUGGCAUUGGUUAGGUGCUAG